GAAAAAACAGUGGCAAAGACGCAGAAAACAGAGCGAGUCGACGUCAACGGGAAAAAUUACCAACCUCAUGGCUGUUGACGCCAACAAGAUUUCAGAGGCGUCAUCAUAUUUACAUUUCCUUACCAGUUGCCGGCCGAGAUUGUAAUCACGGUUUUGAUGCUGUACCAGCUCCUGGGCUUGGCCUCCAUUGCCGGGGUGUGCACGAUUUUGCUCACAAUACCGACCCAGUGGUGUAUUGUCAGUUUUUGGACAGUAAUCCAGACCCAACUAAUGAAAAUAAGUGACAAGCGUAUGAGCAUGAUCAACGAGAUUCUGCAGGGCGUGGGCAUCAUCAAGUUUUUUGCCUGGGAGCCACAGUUUGAAAAGCAGGUUGCUGCGAUUCGCAGUGGUAAACUCGGCGUGCUGCGCAAGCGCUACUUGUUGCUGACAGUUUAUAUUGUAUUCAUUGCUGUUGUGCCAGUCUUUAUCACACUGACCACAUUCGUCGUGUACACAAAGGUCAUGGACAAGCAGCUUACAGCGUCAAUAGCUUUUACUGCGCUGGCACUGUUCAAGACACUUCGUGAGCCGAUGGACCAGCUUCCAAAUUUUUUCUUUUGUCUGCAGGCCAAAGUUUCGGUUGAUCGUGUGUCCAAGUUUUUGUUCGAAGAGGAGACGUCGAAAUACGAGCGAGCAAGUCAACACGGCAGGCGCAUAAUGGUAUUGUGAGCAGUGGGCAGGGUGCCAGCUACGCCCAGAUUGUGAGCGCGACUGAUAUUGGCUUUAUCGAUGCGUCGUUUAGCUGGAAGUCGGCCGCAUCUGCAUCUGCAUCUGCAUCUGCAGAUUGACUUGACAAACCCAACUGUUCUGCAGCCGCUGCUGAGUUCCAAUCCAGAGGCAAGCGCAAGCAAUGAACUCGCGGGUGGCGUACAGAGUGCCAGCAACGGCGUGUUUGAGCUGCGCGACCUUACAGUCAGUUUCCCUGUGGGCAAGCUGA